CUAAACAGAACUGCUGACUUGCCAAAUUGUAAAAAUAACCCAAAAAGAAGAUUUCUAGUUUAAUUAAAUACUUAAAAGUGAUAGAAAAUGUGUGAUGAUAUGUUCCACGUCGCUCUUAAUCAUAAAACACGAGCAAAAGGAAAUAUAGCGCUUAAACUUGGCAAUAAAUACUAUAAUAAACAGAACUACUUCCUUGCAUUAAUUCUCUACAAUCAAUUAUUGUCGCAUGCUAAAAGAAGAAAGGAUCUGUCAAUUGGAUAUGCAAAUAGAAGUGCUAUUUAUUAUGAGGUCGAAAUGUAUGAAGAGUGCCUUCAAAACAUCCAGUUAGCACGUGACAAUCGAUAUCCCGAAGAUAAAUUUCCACAAUUAAAUGAACGGGAAAUGCAGUGUCGAGAAUCAAUGUUGGAACCAAAAAUAGACGAAGGAAAUCCAUUGAAGAUCUUUAAAUUGUCAUAUCCACCGAAUAAGAAAGUUCCUUGGAUUGUAGAUCGCGUAGAAGUUCGAACAACUGAAAAGUACGGACGUGGAAUCUAUGCAUCAUGUAACUUAGAACCGGGAGAUAUAAUUUGUAUUGAGGAUAUUCUGAUAAAUUUUAGAGACACAAACCAUGAAUAUUCUCAUUGCUAUAAUUGUUAUAAAACCAAUGCUUUGAACUUAAUUCCUUGUGAUCUUACUGGUCACAUGAUGUUCUGUUCGACUGCAUGUAGAGAUGAUUUGUACUGUAAAGCUAUCAAUAUUGAUGGAAUUGUGUCUGCUGAUGUUAAAAUUUUAUCAGAUAUAGCUAAAGCAUUUGGAAGCAAGGAAAAAAUUGACGACUUUAUUCUGAAUACAGAUCCAGAGGAACUAAACAAGACAAUCUUUGACUUUGACUUUAACAACCAAGAAGAUCCAGAGUACCAAAAGAAUUUAAUGACAUGCUUACUAUCAUUGUCAACUAAUGAGCACAGCAAUUUUGGAGAAUGCUGCAAUAUUUACAAUUAUGUCUCUGAACAGACUGCACAAAGGAUUUUAAGCGUCUUUAAUUUAAAUAGCAAAAAAUCGCUCAUCUUCGUCAAUGAGAAUGAAUAUUUAGAAGUUGGAUGUCAUGUUUCCUUGUUUGCAAGUUUAAUCAAUCAUUCAUGCUUAAAUAACGCAUUUACUGUUUUAGUUGACAAUAAAGUUGCUACUGUUAUUCAACAUCCAGUAAAAGCAGGCGAACAAAUCUUCUUUAAUUAUAUAUCGGACACCAUAACAACAAAGAGUUUGACGACAAUUGAGGAACUGCAUAUGUUUAGAUGUGAUUGUAGGCUUUGUACAAGACAAAUACGACCAACUGAUAUGUGCUUAAGGAAUAAAAUUACUCAUGAACUGCAAGAAGGACGACUGGCAAUAAUUCCUAAGAACAUCGCUUUAACGGAUUAUGAUCAAGUCAAAGAAUAUCUUAAGGAAAAAUGGAUAGCUAGCAAAGAUGUUUCAAUCGAACAAAAGUAUAAUUCUCCAGCAACACUUUAUCCACUAGCUAUGCUAGACUACGUUGCUGGUAAAAGCGCUUAUCCAUUUUUAUAUUAAAUUAAUUCUAUUAAAUGUUUAAGUCAAAAAUGUUUUUUUUUAAAUAAAUAAUUAACGCAAAUGAGCCAUAAUAUCAAGGAAUAAAAG